GUCUCUCCGGGAUCCGAAAUCAAGAUCGCCGGGCCUCUCAACUUCCAUGAUCUUGCCCGUGUCAUCUCGGCCGGAUGUACCCUCAUCGCCGUUGUGCUGAGCUUGUACCUCAUCGCCAUGCACGCCACCCACUACACACAACCCAAGGAACAACGACACAUUAUUCGUAUCCUCUUCAUGAUCCCCGUCUAUGCCAUCUCCUCGUUCAUGCAGCUGCAGUGGUACUGGCGCGCUACCUACUUUUCCGUCAUCUCCGACUGCUACGAGGCCUUUGCCAUUGCCUCCUUUUUCGGUUUGAUAUGUCACUACUGUGCGCCCGACCUGCACACGCAAAAGGAGUUCUUCAGAAACCUGCGCCCCAUCCAGGGCUGGGUCCUGCCCAUCAACUGGUUCGCCAAGUGCUGCGGUGGAGAGAGAGGGCCCUGGCGCACUCCCAAGAGCGGCCUCACAUGGUUCAACAUUAUCUGGAUCGGCGUGUAUCAGUACUGCUUUAUCCGCGUUGCCAUGACCGUCACCGCCGUCCUCACUGAGCACUAUGGCCGCUACUGCGAGAGCUCCAACUCUCCCGUUUUUGCUCACAUCUGGGUUCUUGUUAUCAACGCCAUUUCUGUCACAAUUGCCAUGUACUGCCUCAUUCAGUUUUACAUUCAGCUGGCCAAGCCUCUUGCCGAGCACCACCUUUUUUUGAAGAUCCUCGCCAUCAAGCUGGUCGUCUUCUUGUCUUUCUGGCAGGCCUCGGCCAUUUCCGUCGGCACGUCGACUCUCAACAUCGUCAAGCCCGGUGAUGUUCUCGCCUAUCCCGAUCUCAAGGUGGGCAUUCCAGCUCUGCUGCUCUGUGUUGAAAUGGCCAUCUUUUCCGUCUUGCAUAUCUGGGCCUUCCCGUAUCAGGUCUAUCGCCGCGGCGUUGCCUCGUCCUUCUACCCGAGCCCUGAUGCGUCAAAGGGCACCAUUGGUCUGGAAAAGCCUGCUCUACCCAACGGAGGUGGCUUCCUCGGACUUCGUGCCUUGUGGGAUGCCAUGAACUUAUGGGACCUGGUCAAGGCCUUUGGUAGAGGCAUGCGCUGGCUCUUCUGCGGCGUCAAGAGACGGAAGGAGGACGCCAGCUAC